AUGGCUGAAGGUUUGUUACAUUCCCCUCACACAAGUAAAAGCUUUGAAGAAGUUGGCAAUGAAAUUUUCAAUGACCUAGAAUCUAGGUUAUCAAAAAAGAAUGGCAAUUGCUUCAUGAUGCAUGAUCUUUUGAAUGAUCUAGCGAAGUCUGUGAUGGGGAAGUUUAGUGUGCAACUAGAGAUUGAUCGGGCACAAGAAAUUUCAACUGAGGCUCGCUACUUUUCAUGUAUAGGCAAAGCAAAUGAAAUUUUGAGAAAGUUUUCAAAUGCCACCAAUUACGUAGUUUUAUCCUAUUGCAUGAAAAUUCCAUCUCCAAAUCUUUUUGAGACGUCAAUUGAAAAAUUGCCAAAAUCAAUGUGCUUGUUGGUUAAUUUACAAACAUUGAAAUUAAGAGGUUGUCACUUGACUGGGUUCCCAUCACAUUUCUACAAGCUCAUCAACUUGCGUCAUCUUGAUUUGGAUAGUUGUUAUGACAUAAAAAAGAUGCCCAAGAAUAUGGGAAAGUUGAAUCGUCUCCAGACAGUAAAUCAUUUUUUCUCGGCAAAGAAAGGAGGGUCUGGUUUGAAAGAACUAGGUGCCUUGAACCAUUUAAUGGGUUCUCUAACCAUCUCUAAUAUGGAGACCAUUAAUGAACCCACAAGUUUGAGAGAGGCCAAUUUGAAAGAAAAGCAUUUGGAUAAAUUAAUUUUGAAUUAUAGACAGUAUGAUUACAGUCUUGAAGUAGUAGAAUAUCAAGAACACGUAUUAGAAGGGUUUGAACCAAAUAAUACUUUAAAAGAGUUCGUUAUUGAAGGUUACAGAGGUACCAAAUUUCCAAACUGGCCGGGUGGUUCACACUUUUUACCCAAUUUAGUUUCUUUAUCUCUGUCGAAUUGUACCAACUGUGUGAACUUACCGCCACUUGGGCAACUAUCUUCCCUGGAGAAACUUGAGAUUUAUAGAUUUGAUGGAAUAAAGGUGAUAAGCGAAGAGUUUUAUGGGAAAAAUGGAUCCUCUAACAACCCAUUUCGUUGCCUUUCACAUUUAACAUUUCAUGAUAUGAUGGACUGGAAGGAAUGGAAGAUUUGUGAAGAAGAUAAGAGUUUCCCAUGCCUUCAAGAGCUUUGUAUAUGGGGUUGUCCAAGACUGACAAAGUCUCUACCUCCACACCUUCCAUGUUUAAAAAAGUUAUGCAUACUUGGGUGUGAUAAUUUGGAGACAACACUUCCCAAGUCCUCUUGCAUGGAAGGUAUAUGGUUAAAGGGGUGUAGGAAGAUUGUAGUAAAAGAUGUGGCCACAUGGAGGGAAGUAAUACGGCGAGCAGGCAUGCUUUGCACCCUACCACGUCUUGCAUGCUUCAUACACUUUGCGUCUUGGUGUUUGCAUGUGUCUGAUUAUAAGUUGAAAGAAAUUUCAUUUAGUGAUGGUGAGUUUGAAGAUGGAGAUCAGUCCUUCCCUGAGGAGGGCUUGCUGCCAUCCAACGUCGAGUCUCUUUCAUUCUCAGGUUGUGGCAACUCGAGAAGAUUAAACUACAGGGCUCUUCUCCGCCUCAAUUCUCUCACUUCCUUAUCUUUUUGA